UGGCGAAAAGGAAUAAGAUUAGCUAAACAAUACAUUGUGGGCACUAGUUUUAGUGUUUAUUUCUUGUCAACAUCGGAAGUGACGUGUCAAAGCAGCGCUUCACACGGGUCGGAUUGUAAACAAGUUGGUCUCUGCAGCAGCCCCAUGCGUCCAAAGAGUUGGUUGGAUCUUAAAUCUCAGAGCCCAAACUGCGUGACAUAUGAAUAACGUGUAUUACGCUGGGAAAUAAAUGUCCUUAUUAAUUUGAUUAAUUUAAUUAAAAUACAUGUUGUUAGUGUUUUGCAAACGCGCCAGCGUUUCUCUGAGGCUGAUUGACAAAGUGGAAUGAAAGCUCUCGCGCUCUCUUCCGACGUUUCUCUUGUAGCCAAUGGCUAGUCUUUGCCUGGUUGAUGAUAGCUUUCAAUUAAGAGAGGCUCCUUUCGCUACCAACCACAACACAGUAUUUCGGAUAGUAGGUGGGACGUCAACAGGAAACGCCAGAAAUGAAAUCCAACCGAUUAGAAGAACUAGGCUAUUUUGGCCUAUGAGAACCGGAUUUUUGUACGGAUUGCGUUGCCCAGGGUACUCUGUUGAAUUCCAUUACCGUCCAUUAAAGUAGUCGAAUUGGACAUACAUAUCACUGAGGUGUACAGAGGGAGGAGGGGGGGGGGGUCUGCUGUUUUAAUGCGCGUGUUCUGCAGGGGAUUCGUAUCACUGGGACAGUAGCCGAUCGGAGGAUUGCCUUGAUGUGUGCCGAACACAUCCUCCCUCGGCCCGUGGCUACACGCACAGCCAGCCGAGACAGAACGAUCCGGGAGUAGCUCCGUGGUUCUGCUCGACUCGACGUUCGGUCGCUAAACGUCUAGAACUGGAUGCCGCUUCCGUCAUGAGUCCGGCGGGGUGCUCGCACGUGAGCGGGUUUAAGGUGGACAACUGGAGGCACAACCUGCGCGUGAUCUACCAAUGUUUUGUGUGGAGCGGGACGCCCGAGACCAGGAAGCGAAAGGCCAAGUCGUGUGUGUGUCACAUGUGUGGGGUCCAUCUGAACCGGCUGCACUCUUGCCUCAACUGCGUUUUCUUCGGCUGCUUCUCCAAGAAACACAUCCACGAGCACGCCAAAGCCAAGAGACAUCACCUGGCGCUGGAUCUAGUGCACGGAGGGGUUUACUGCUUCCUGUGCCAAGACUACGUCUAUGAUAAAGACAUGGAGCUGAUCGCUCGGGAGGAGCAGAGGAAAGCCUGGAAACUACAGGGCGUGGGGGAGAAGUUCUCUUCCUGGGAGCCCAGUAAACGCGAGCUGGAACUGUUGCGGAACAACCCCAAGAGACGCAAGAUCACCAGCAACUGCACCAUAGGCUUGCGUGGACUCAUUAACUUGGGGAACACAUGCUUCAUGAACUGCAUAGUCCAGGCGCUUACCCAUACUCCCCUGCUGCGAGACUUCUUCCUGUCCGACAGGCACAAGUGUGAGAUGCAGGCCAACUCCUGCCUCGUGUGUGAGAUGUCCCAGCUCUUCCAGGAGUUCUACUCAGGCCAUCGUUCUCCUCACAUUCCGUUCCGGCUGCUGCACCUGGUGUGGACUCACGCGCGCCACCUAGCGGGCUACGAGCAGCAGGACGCCCACGAGUUCCUCAUCGCCGCCCUGGACGUGCUGCACAGACACUGUAAAGGAGAUGACAAUGGUAAGAAGGCCAACAACCCAAACCACUGCAGCUGCAUCAUCGACCAAAUCUUCACCGGUGGCCUGCAGUCCGACGUCACUUGCCAAGUCUGCCAUGGCGUUUCCACGACGAUCGACCCGUUCUGGGACAUCAGUCUGGACCUGCCCGGUUCCUCCUCGCCGUUCUGGCCACUCAGCCCCGGAACCGGACCUGGAACUGACCCCAACGCCAACGGAGAGAACCACGGAACCGGCACCACCACCCUCACAGACUGCCUACGCAGGUUUACGCGUCCAGAACACCUGGGAAGCAGCGCUAAGAUCAAGUGCAGCGGUUGCCAUAGCUACCAGGAGUCCACCAAACAGCUGACCAUGAAGAGGCUCCCAAUAGUGGCCUGCUUCCACCUGAAGCGGUUUGAGCACUCUGCCAAGUUGAGGAAGAAGAUCUCCACUUAUGUGUCCUUCCCUCUCGAGCUGGACAUGACGCCCUUCAUGGCCUCCAGUAAGGAGAGCAGGAUGAACGGCCAGUACCAGCAAUUGGAUUCCCUAAACAACGACAACAAAUACUCGCUGUUUGCAGUGGUGAACCACCAGGGGACGCUAGAGAGCGGCCACUACACCACCUUCAUCAGGCAGCACAAGGACCAGUGGUUCAAAUGUGACGACGCCAUCAUCACUAAAGCCAGCAUCGGAGAUGUGCUCAGCAGCGAAGGGUAUCUGCUCUUCUACCACAAACAGUUUCUGGAGUACGAGUGAGGUGCAUGGACACGCUCCUACUUCAAAUCAGCCAAUCAGCAACCUCUCUUACCAGGAGGGAGACACGCCCCCUCUGUCCCUUACUCCUGAAACUUUUAUCUUGCCAGAGAGGACACACACACACACACUCUUUCAGUCCUGAGACUUUUAUCAGACCAAAGAGAGGACACACACACACACACCCUGAGUUGUCUGUUCCUGAGUAGGAGGACCUGAAGAAAGAUAGAUCACUACCUCCCUCUAAUGAAUGAGUGGAAUGCCUCACUCUCUCUCUCUCUCUCUCUUUCUUUCUCUCUCUCUCUCUCCCUCCACUGUGUGUGUUCAGAUAUGUGCCGAGUUGAAAACUGAGAAUGUUCCAGAAAGCAGCUUUUGUUUGACUCUGAGAAGAGGGCAUCUCUGGGCAUCUCUGGGCCUCUCUGGGGAUCUCUGGGCCUCUCUGGGCCUUUUCCUCGUUUCUCUGUCCCAUGUGUGUCCAGGUCAUUUGCCGACGUCCAGAAAGGAUCUUGAGGCCCCAUUCCCUCUUGACUAAUCAAGCAAUAGUGAUUUUGAAUUUUUUGAAAGGAAAAUUGACCAUUCAAAAUGUAUUAAAAUUGAUAUAUUCCGUAGCAAAAUGGCACGUUCGCCAGCUGCCAACUAGUAUUUAAAGUGUGCUAUGUUAAAGUACCAUCAGUGAUUCUAAGCGAUACCUAACCCAUAACACGCAGUGUAGAUUACCAUUCCGCGCUGCCAUGGUGAUGAGUUGCCAAUCCAUUGCUAGCCGGUUAAACAGUCGGUGCUUCAGAGUUGGACAGAGUUUGUUAAACAUCCUUUCUGGAAUACCCCGCUCAUUUAUAUAUGACACACACACACACACACAUCACACUUGAGGCUCAAGGAAAAUGGCCACGGCAGAGAGAUGGACAUUUUGAAGGAGUUAAACAUUGUAUGUGUGUGGGGGGGGGGGGGGGGGGGUCUUGUAUAUGAUCUAUAUUUUUAUAAGUGAAUGAGUCCCUGUUUACACCCUCAUCUCACACACACACACACUACCACCCUAACUAGCCCUCAUCUCUCACACACACACACUACCACCCUAACUAGCCCUCAUCUCUCACACACACACACACACUAGCACCCUAACUAGCCCUCAUCUCUCACACACACACACACACACACACACUAGCACCCUAACUAGCCCUCAUCACAUGAAUGGUGAAUGAGAAAGUCUUGCGUUGUGGCUUGUGACUAGUUGGGGUUCCACCGUGUGUGUGCAGACCUGCAUGAACAUAAACAGCUUUAGGAAUUUGUAAACACGUGAAGGUGUGUGUGUAUUUGUGAUUAUGUGAAGGUCUGUGUGUGUUUGUGGAGACAAGUGUGUGUGUGUGUGUGCGCGCAUUGGUGUACUAGGUGCGUGUGUGUUUGUGUGCGUGCAUUGGUGUAAUAUAGAAUCUUUAUUGUCAUUGUACGUGUACAACGAAAUUUGUACUCUAUAAGAGUGUGUGCGUGCCUGUGUGUGUGUGCAUUGGUGUACUAGGCGAGAGUCGUGCCUGUGUGUGCAUUGGUGUACUAGACGAGAGUGUGUGCGUGCAUUGGUGUACUAGGCGAGAGUGUGUGUGUGUGUGUGUGUGUGUGUGCGCAUUGGUGUGUGUACGUGCGUGUGUGUACAUUUGUGUACUGAAUCAGUACUUGGCAUGUGGCCUCAGCCCACUCUGCUCCAGGGAGACAGCCAGCUCUCUACGGAUGGAAAAUAUAUUAUUAUUAUUAUUAUUCUCUA